GGCGGAAGGCUCAGGGGGAAGCAGAAGUGAGGGGCCCCGCAGUCCGGGGACUGUGAGGCAAAGAGAGAAAAAGGGGGCCGCGGGCGCCGCGCGGGUAAGAUGCGAGCAGAGGAAGAGCACGCGGCGCCGGGUACCUGCCGGGAGCGCCAGCUCCAAUGGGAAAAGGGCGCGCGCCGCACCUCAACCUGGCCAAGGACGUCACGACGCCGAGGCGGACGCCGGGCCAAUGGGAGGCCGUCGCUGGCAGGGUCGGGGCCAGCAGGAGUCGGGGCUGGGCCGCGCCGAGGCGGUUGGCUGACUCCACUGUGGCCGCCGCCGGAGAGGACGAGCGCCGAGCUGGGGCUGCGGAACUCGGCCUGCCCCUCGCCUCACUCCCGCCGCUCGCACCUCCCGGAUGGUGCUGACUGCCUCCUGAGCGGCGGCGGCGAGGCGUGAGGGCGCGCCGCGGACGCUGUUCGGGGUCGAGGCUUCCCUUCGCCGGCACUUCCUCCUGCGGCGCCCGUGCGCGGCCGGCCCGGCUAGGGGGGAUGGCGGCCGCGGCCCGGGGGAACGGCCGCGCAUCGGCGCCCAGGCUGCUUCUGCUCUUGCUGGUUCCGCUGCUGUGGGCCCCGGCUGGGGUCCGGGCCGGCCCGGAUGAAGACCUUAGCCACCGGAACAAAGACCCGCCGGCGCCUGCCCAGCAGCUGCAGCCGCAGCCGGUGGCCGUACAGGGCCCCGAGCCUGCCCGGGUUGAGAAACCAUUUACACCAGCAGCUCCAGUUCAUACCAAUAAGGAAGAUCCUGCUGCUCAAACUAAUUUGGGAUUUAUACAUGCAUUUGUCGCUGCCAUAUCAGUUAUCAUUGUUUCUGAAUUGGGUGAUAAGACAUUUUUUAUAGCAGCCAUCAUGGCAAUGCGCUAUAACCGCCUGACCGUUCUGGCUGGUGCGAUGCUUGCCUUGGGACUAAUGACGUGCUUGUCAGUUUUGUUUGGCUAUGCCACCACAGUCAUCCCCAGGGUCUAUACAUACUAUGUUUCAACUGUGUUAUUUGCCAUUUUUGGCAUUAGAAUGCUGCGGGAAGGAUUAAAGAUGAGCCCUGAUGAAGGUCAAGAGGAACUGGAAGAAGUUCAGGCUGAAUUAAAGAAGAAAGAUGAAGAAUUUCAACGAACCAAACUUUUAAAUGGACCAGGAGAUGUCGAAACAGGAACAAGCACAAUAGUACCUCAGAAAAAGUGGUUGCAUUUUAUUUCACCGAUUUUUGUUCAAGCUCUUACAUUAACAUUCUUAGCAGAAUGGGGUGAUCGCUCUCAAUUAACUACGAUUGUAUUGGCAGCAAGAGAGGACCCCUAUGGUGUAGCCGUGGGUGGCACUGUGGGGCACUCCCUGUGCACGGGACUGGCAGUAAUUGGAGGAAGAAUGAUAGCACAGAAAAUCUCUGUCAGAACAGUGACAAUCAUAGGAGGCAUCGUGUUUUUGGCGUUUGCAUUUUCUGCAUUAUUUAUAAGCCCUGAUUCUGGUUUUUAACAAGCUAUUUGUUCAUCUGUAUUUAGUUUAAAAUAGGUAAUGUUAUCUUUCUGUACAUAGUGUACAUUACUACUAAAAGUGAUGGAAAAAUACUGUAUUUUGUAGCAUUGGUUUGUGAGUUAGACCCAUUUAAUGAAAAUAUUGUGUCUGAGAUAUAAUCAUUGAUUUUAUUUGUAACAAGGAGUUUUAAAAGAAACCUGACUUCUCAGUGUGGGUUUUUCUUCUCUCCAGCAUAAUUACGUUACUAUGGUCCCCAUAUCUGUUUUGGUGCAGAGCCGUUGUGCAGUGGGGUCUGCCAUGUGAUUUUCUUUCAGCACUGACCCCUCUUUUAAGGAAUACACAUUCCCUCCUUGAUGACUUAAAUGUUUUAAGAGGUUUACCUUAACAUUUUUCUCGGGGAAAGAACGAAUUAAUUUCUAUUUUUUAAAACAUUUCCCUGAGCCAGUAAGCAGUAGUUUAAUCAUCUGUCUUUUCAAAAUUUGGUUGCUUUUAUAAAAUGAAAGAGACAUAUACAAUAUUACUGUUAUAUCAAUAACAUGGUACAACAAGAACUGUCUACCAGGUCAUUCUACCUUUUUUUUUUUAAUUGGGUAGGACACCCAAUAUAAAAACAGUCAAUAUUUGACAAUGUGGAAUUACCCAAUUAAAAGAGAAUACUAUGAAUGUAUUCAUAUUUUUUCUAUUACUGAAUAAACAAUGUAACAUAGAUACAAUAUAAAUAAAAGUGGUAUGACUAGUGCUUGUUUUUCCUUGUGUGUUAUAUAUAAUUACCAGUAUUGACAGACCAAUUUCUAAAGCUGAUGUAAAAACACUGAUAAAUAUUUGAGAUAUGCCUAAAGUAGCUAAGCAGGCGCCAGGCAUUGUUGUCACCCUUACCGUUCUAUGAGGUAGUAGGUACUAAUGUAAGGUUAAAAAAGAAAAAAGUAACUCACCCAAGGUUAUAUGGUAGAGUCACACCAGGCUGUUUAAUUCCAGAGUCUGACAUCGAUUCAUUACGCUAAGAGUACCUCGUAUUUUCGUAGCAAUCUCAGUCGUCACUGUUAUUUGAGUCUGUUCUGACUUGACUGCUACUCCACCCAAGUAGCAUAACAGCUGCUUUCUCUCAGCCUUUUAUAUUCUAGAAUCAUAGGCAGUAACACUCCCAUUAAUAGCCUCUCUGAACUGCAGGACAAUUUCUACAGGAACUUCCAUGUCUUUUGUGUGACGUAUAAUAGGAGACCCAGAGCAAAUGAGGUUUAUGAGCUACUGCAAAGGUCCGACAAUGUAUAGUAGUUUGCAAUUGGAAGAGAUUGUGAAAGAACCCAGUUCAUCACCCAUCACUGCAGGACGCCAACAAUUGUCCUACAUGGUAACUGUGAGGAAGAUAGAUAGCUACUACUGUGAAAAGAUCUAAGAGGGGUCCUCAGCUAAAAAGUAGCUUUUAAAUGUCAAGUUAGAAGUAGCACAUAUUCAUCAAAAAGGUCAUAUUUGUAAACUUCAGAGUUCUCUGCUAUAAGAAGUGUGUAUCAUAGGGUAGAAAACAUGUCUUUGAAUUAAGAUAAACUCUGUGGUUAGACACCCCUAUGUUGCCUUAGAUUAUUAUAAGGAAUGAGGAAUUCUCACUAAUACAAUUUUUCUAAAAACAGAAGAGACAGUCCUUGUCAAGAGUAGCUGGUACCGUCAAAUCCUAACGUCAGUUCAGGUAGCUUGGUCCCAGUACUGGCUUCAUAUGUGAAUAACAGCAAUAACUGGCUUCAUGCCACAAUCUUGUGGCAGAACAUAAUUCCUCUCAGAAUUUGGUAAGUCAGACCUAGGGCUACAAGGUGAAAAUCGCUACUGCAAUUAGGCUCCAUUGUUGAAUAAAAGAAAGGGAAAUGUCAUUGAUAGUGAUCUUAAAAUAUUUAAUAGUCUUUCUUUAAAAUCCAAAAUGUGAUUCUUACAAGUUAUGUGCCACAUGAAGCAGGUGUUAUUUUUUGAGAAAUGCAGGUGAUACUGAAAAACAAAGCACUGAGGUAUUUUUUAUUUUUAAAAUUGAAGAAGGAAACAAAGUCUGGAUCUAAUUAUUUUUACAUUUACAAAAAAACUGCUACUGCUUGGCUCUUCUGCUAUAAUUUUAGGUUCUGAAUACAUGACAAGAGUAUGGGAAAGAGCAGAAUAAUAUAGUACACGCAGUUUUAAAAGCUAUGCACAUCAUAACCUGGAAUAAUGAUUACACAGCAAGAGGCCUGAGUGGAGGUAGGCUAACAACACAUUUUGACUUUUUCUCCUCAAAGGAUAGCUUUGAAAAACAAGUGUAACAAAUUGUUACACCAAAUUAAAAUGGCAAUAUUAAAUCGGUAACAAAACGAUCCACAUAUUUUAUACAAUACUGUAUUUCCAAACAUACAUAGGUCAUGAAAAUCAGAGAACCAAAUAUAGCACCGUUGAAACCAUUCAAUAUCCCUCAUGUGUCUAUGCAAUUUAGAAUUUUGGCAGAAGACAACACCUGGAAAAUGUCAGUUUCAAUCUCUGUACAUCAGUUUGGAUUUCAAUUAAAUGUUUGUCUUAGUAAAAGAUAUUCUUAUUUCAAGAUCAAUUAGCCAUUUUUAGCUCCACCGUUUUGGAAGUAGAAAUGAUGGGCUACAUCUACUUUUUAAUUUAAAACCAAGAACCAAGCAGUAAGGACAGCAAUGUCAAGAAUAUCACAUUGAGAACCACACAGAACAUUUUUAUAAAGAUUUUGGUGCAUGUUUUUUACAACUACCAACUGAGGUUAACAAUGAAAAGUUUACAAAGAUAAAAAGUUUUUGUGUUUUUUUGCACUGACUGGUUUCAAUACAGCACGGAAUUUAAAAACUCAUCUUUGGGCUUCAAUCUUUACAUAGAGUGAAUAUGAAAGUGCCAUACUGAGGCCUUCCCCAACUUAUACCAUGGUAAAGAUUUCAAAAUCAUUCUAGAAUGGUCUAAAUGAUAGCUGUUCUGGCUGACAUAUCUUUUUGUUUGUUU